GAAGAAUCAAAGAAGGAGGACAUUGGAAAUUUAAGAGAAAAACUGCAGUUGCAGAUUUGUGGAUCAGAGAGCUACUUUUUUGCUUCACCUCUGCUAUCUUGACGUUUCUGCUGGGACUGCGUAGCCGGACCUACUUCCCUCUCUACACCAGGCUGGUACUUCCUGCCCACCUGUCAUGGACGAGGAGCCAAUGAAUUCCACAGAGGCUUAUUACUCAAUGACUGCUGAUUAUGACCUUGACUCAAACAGUACUUACUACUCGGUGCCUCUGGAAGACUUGGUGUGCUCCUUGGAGGAGGUCCGGCAGUUCUCCCGGGUGUUCGUGCCCGUCGCCUACACGCUGAUCUGUGUCUUCGGCCUCCUGGGCAAUAUUCUGGUGGUGAUCACCUUCGCCGUCUAUAAGAAAGCCAAGUCCAUGACAGACGUCUAUCUCCUGAACAUGGCCAUUGCAGACACGCUGUUUGUCCUCACGCUUCCGUUCUGGGCGGUCACCCAUGCCAGCAGCGCUUGGGUUUUCAGCAACGCCCUGUGCAAGAUGCUGAAAGGCACCUAUGCCGUCAACUUCAACUGUGGCAUGCUGCUCCUGGCCUGCAUCAGCGUGGACCGCUACGUGGCCAUCGUUCAGGCCACCAGGUCCUUCCGGCUGCGGUCCAGGACGCUGGCUCACAACAAGGUCAUCUGUUUGGUGGUGUGGGUGAUAUCCCUCAUCAUCUCCAGCCCCACGUUUACCUUCAAUCAGAAAUACAGCCUGCAGGGCCGUAAGGUCUGCGAGCCCAACUACCAGUCCGUCUCGGAACCCGUCAGGUGGAAGCUGCUGGGCCUGGGCCUGGAGCUGCUCUGCGGCCUCUUCGUGCCUCUGCUGUUCAUGGUGUUCUGCUACGCGUUCAUUAUCAAGACCCUGGUGCAGGCCCAGAAUUCCAAAAGGCACAGAGCCAUCCGCGUGGUGCUGGCCGUGGUCCUGGUGUUCCUGGCCUGUCAGAUUCCUCACAACGUGGUCCUCCUCGUGACCGCCGUCAACACAGGCAAGAUGAACCGCUCCUGCGGGAACGAGAAACUCCUGGGCUACACCCGGAAUGUCACCGAGGUGCUGGCUUUCCUGCGCUGCUGCCUCAACCCGGUGUUGUACGCCUUCAUUGGCCAGAAGUUCAGAAACUACUUCCUGAAGAUCAUGAAGGACUUGUGGUGCGGGACAAGAAAGCACAAGGCACCGGGGUCACUGUGUGUCCGGCUGUACUCAGAAAGCUACAAUUCUAGGCAGACCAGUGAGGCCAUGGACAAUGAAAAUGGGUCGUCCUUUACCAUGUGACGUACGGGUUUAAAGUCACACACCAGGAGCCUUUGUGAGACUUGCUAAUA